AGGCUUAAUCACAAUUCGAGCGACAAUUUUCCUAUCAAAACAUCAUCAGAGUUCUGGGUUUUCUGUUUGGUAAUAUUAAAGGUUUAUAAAACCUCGCGAUCAAAGUGAUAUCUCUUAGAAAAUCAAUGGUUUCCACCAUAACUCAAUGAUAAAAAUCACCUUGCCCUUCUACCGCUCAUUAAAAUCACCUGAACCCAGUAUCCACCGGUUGAUCACUACUUCUCCCUGGAAAAUGGUGAAGUACCUCAACCAGAAGGAAGCAAUUAAUGUGGACCAGGACCUCUUUACGUACUAUCGCUUCAGUGUGGACCAACUGAUGGAGCUGGCAGGUCAAGCCUGUGCGAUAGCCAUCACUAAAGCUUACCCACCAUCAAAACAAAAUCCUAACCCCAUCCUAGUGUGCUGUGGUCCUGGCAACAACGGAGGAGACGGUCUAGUCUGCGCUCGACAUCUAAAACUCUUGGGUUACGACCCUGAAGUCUACUACCCCAAAAAAACCCCUAACAAACUGUACGAAAGCCUCUUACACCAGUGCUCACAAAAUGAUGUUAAGAUCCAUGACAACAUGGGGGAUAUUAAAACGUCAGAGAACUACACUGUCCUAGUGGAUGCUCUAUUCGGAUUCAGUUUUAAAUCCCCGGUGAGAAAGGAGUUUGUACCCAUCAUCGAGUACCUGAGGACUACGAAAAGACCCAUCUGCAGUGUGGACAUACCGUCAGGUUGGGACGUGGAGGCUGGACCUCCCAAGGAUGGAGGGAUCAACCCUGAAAUGCUGAUUUCUCUAACUGCACCCAAAUUAUGUGCCAAGGAGUUCAAAGGGAAGUUUCAUUACCUUGGCGGGAGGUUUGUGCCGAAAAAGCUCGAGGAAGUUUAUGGAUUGGAGCUACCGGAGUAUCCGGGGACAGAAUUCGUCGUUUUAUUGUGAAUAUUCGACAAUGAAUGAGAAAUUUCAUAUGAACUAGAGUAAAUAAAGGAUUAAAUUUUUGGUAAAUCGCUA